AUGGCUGCCAUAGGCCAGACUAAGAGUGGGCUGAAGUCCAACCUGCUGGUGAGAGCUGUGGGGGUUAUAAAGACCCAGUGCAAUCCCCACCUGCUCAGUCAUAUGCCAGCUCUACCAGGAAUGCUAUCCCCACCAGACAGUUUCUGGCAACAGCCAGGUGGGUCAGAUAUAGGAUAUUCCUACUUAUAGAUCAGGAAUUCCUGUUCCUUUUCAGUCGGUCACUCGGUAUAACAUACUAUGGGAAGUCAAAGACUACUCAUAUUCACCUGAAGAAAACUGAAAUCCCGCCCAAUGGGCCAAUGAAUGCCGAGCCCACCCUCGGAAGCCCCGCCUUCCUGGCUAUAAUACUGGUGCUCGUAUUCAUUUCCUCAAUUCUUCUCUCUUCAGCUCACCUGAAGAAGAAUGUGUCACGCAAUUUACAAACUUUUCAAAAACAUGAAGACUACGAGAUUCGGCUCCGACUUAGGUGUCUGUUAGUGGGGAGAGAGUACUUGUUCCCAUAGGUGUUGCAACUUUUGGAUUUUGAUAUCAGUUUUGUGUUUGCUAAAAGUGAACUACUUUCUGCUCUGCAUGUGUAAUGCUUCCUUGCUUGGGUAGGAUUUGUGUUUCCUAAAAACCUACUACUUUCUGCUCUGCUUGUGCAGCCAGUGUAAGGAAGCACUGGCUACCUGCAUUGAUCUUGAAAACUGUGUCUGUGUUUUAAUGUUUUUGCCAUCAUUUAUGUGAGAUAAAAUGACUUGUAUACCCACUGCGGAUUAUUACACAAAUGGACUAAAAUAUUAACUUUGUGAUCACAGUGCUACUUCUGCUAUACGGUGUGUUUGGAAUACACACACGUUGGCUGUCAAGCGGAGACCACAACAGGAUUACAAACAUGCAAGCGAGCACCACGGAGCCGAUGUACUCGAGGGAGACUUUAAUGUCCCUGUGCUCACUAGUACCACCAACAACAAGACCUCCGGAAUACUACAACAUCCCGAUGGAGGGUGAGGAGAAGGAGAAAAUGGGGAAGAUGAGGGGGAAUACACCGGCGGCUGCAUGCGAGAGGCUCCAGACUGGCUCUCCUGUCUGUGCUCGAUUGACAACAAAAUCAAUGAGAUCCGAAUGAGUGCAAGGUACUGUUUUGAGUACAGAGACUCUUCUCUCAUGUGCUACACCGAAAUAUGGCUGCGUCCUAUGAUAAUAAUAAUAAUAAUAAUAAGCCAUUUAGCAGACGCUUUUAUCCAAAGCGACUUACAGUCAUGUGCGCAUACAUUUUUACGUAUGGGUGGUCCCGGGGAUCGAACCCACUACCCUGGCGUUACAAGUGCCAUGCUCUACCAAUUGAGCUACAGAGGACCACAUAUCGGACUCUCAACUGGAAAUCAAGGGGUUUACACUGGUGAGGUCCGAUAGGACUAAGCAUUCAGGCAAGAGUAAAGGAGAUGGAGUUGCCACAGCUGUAUCAUCAUCAUCAUCAUCAUCAUCAUCAGAUGAACAUGAAGACGACACAGGAACAAAAGAAACAAGACUGUUGUUCAAUGCAGCCAUGACACUGAUUGUGGACAAGUGUAAAAUAACUUCUAAACUCACAUGGCACCAACAGCACAGCAACUCACAAUGGAAACUGCCUCAAAUCUGGUCGCAAAUGAGCUUUUAAAUGUCAUUGCCUGGAUGACAGGCAUGACAACAGACCCCUCUACCAACAAUGUACGUGUGAAUGUCAGAGAGGAGCGAGAUUGUAUCAACUUGCCAGGAUGUGAUGAACCUCACAAUGAAAGGGAGAAGGCUCAUGCCCAAGCAUUCCUCAUUAGCCAUGGCUGUUUGUCACAUGGCAGGAUCAGCUCAGCUGAUGGUUUAUUGAAUGGUGUCAGGCACUGUUCCUCCCACUCACAGGUGCUUGAACAUGACACAGCUCUAGCUAGGCUUGGGCAGUAUACCAUAUACAGGGUAUUUGGGAAAAGUCACAGGAUGGUUUUUCAAUACCAUCAAUGGAGUCAAAACUAUUUCUUUGAAUAUUUGUAGCUACUUUUUAAAGGGGAAUUUCACCCUGGGGGAACCUGUGCUUGUUUUUAUCAUGCCCGAGGCAUUUCUAGGUCAGUGAGAUGUGUUUCACACAUAAUUGCCCAGGUGGAAGGCAGGUCUGGGCUUCUUGAGCUGAAUGAUUGUCACGAGAAUUUUGUUAUCUCAAUGUUUGAACUCAACUAUCACUCAAGCUUUGAAUAAUUCCCAGAGGUUGCAAGGCUCUGGUUAACGAAGAAAAGUCUGCAAUAGAUCAGUAUUUUAUUCAUGAGAGCUCUGCCCCUCUCAAGACGGGUCAAUCCUUUUAUACACACAAGUUUUAAGUCUAGGCUAUGCCUGCUCAGGCAGGCUGUAUUUUCCUACUAUACUCCUACAUGGUUAUAGCGUUUCACAACAUUCUGCAAGCCUCUCACUCCCCCUCCAUGUGGGGGGGGGGACGUCUGGUCUCAAAACCUCUUACUUUGUUCUUGUUCUCGAAGUUGCACCCAGCUGGUACAACUACACAAUAACACAAUGUCCCGGUUCUAACUCUAACUCUGCUACACUUCUCAUCAGAUUACGUUCGAAUGAUUCUAACACAUUUCACACAGUACUACAGUUUCGGGGUGGAAUACUUUAGUCAUUACUUUAAACAUACAAAUCUUCUAUCAAUGAUACACCGUAAGACUGUUUCCUGUGUAUUGAUGGGAGGGGCGAGAUCUAAAAAAAAAAUGUAGUCCUGCAUUUCUAGAAGGCUCUAUGUUAUACUGAUCGCACUAUAUGUUUUUGUGUGUUUAGAUAUGGUUGUCCUUGUUAGAUAGAGCCAUUGGACGUCUUUCAGCGAUGUUCCUAUCGGCGGAUUCAUUACUAAAUACACAAGCAGACAAAAUGUUUCCAGUCUCUGAAAGACUACAACUUGUUUUGGGCGGUGCUUCGUGCUCCGGCCCCCGUCCCUCCCCAAGGCGGGCUUUUUUGUUAAAGGAGGCGGAAACUAACAACACAGUCCUUUGGGCAAAACUGAAAGAACGGACCAGACGCAAUGGCUUCAAGUGAUUCCUCUCAUCAACACGAAUUCGACAAUGGAGCAUCUAUUAGCCUCAUGGUGACAUUCAACCAUACAUGUUUCAACCUGAAUAGAGCGAAGAAGAUUCAAAGUAAAAAUAUAUAGUUUUAGCUAACGUUAGAAGCUCAGCUACAGCCAAUGCCAGCACCAGAGGGCAGAUGACAAAUAUGGUGCCUAGCUAAGUAAUUUUUCCUGCAAGCCAGCUAGCUAGCUAGCUAACUUUAGUUGAUCUACUAAAACCCAUAUUGUGUAUUGCUGGCUAACAUGCUACUGUGUUACAGUGGGGGGAAAUCAAAUUAUUUUUCUGUUUACUAACUUAGCUAUGUAGUUAGCUAGGUAGCUAGCUAAGUUAGCUAAACAACUACCGGUAGCCAUAUCUAUGACAAAAAUAGAAGAGGUUUUACAAUCAGAGAUCUGUUGUAUCUCGAUUGUAAAACCUCUUCUCUUUUUAGUCAAAAAAAUGGCUACUCAACAGCAAGCUACAACGUUACAACCAGCCACCUAAAGCUAGGUUUACCAGCAAAUGUUAGCACAUGACUGGAGUUGGCUAGCUAGUUAGCCUGGCGCCUACUAACUUGUUAUGCGCCAUGCCUCACAUUGUUUACUUGUUAGCAAACAUGUGUAACAUCAGCAACUGUAAAUCAUUUUACUAGCUAGCUAUGUAACAUAAUUGACGAGGGUUGACAAUGGUUAUGAUUAUGACCGUGGAUGCAUUUCAAUCUCAUAAAUGUAUAGGCAUAACGCAAGAAAGGAUUCCAAACAGAUGUAAAUAACAAGUAUUGUAUAUCCAGCAAACUAGCUAGCUAAGUUUACUGGCAAACAGUGAGAAGAAACAAUAAUACAACAAUUUACUGUUGUAAUAAUAAUAAUAAUAAUAAUAAUAAUAAUAAUAAUAAUAUGCCAUUUAGCAGACGCUUUUAUCCAAAGCGACUUACAGUCAUGCGUGCAUUUUUUUUUUUUUUUUGUGUGUAUGGGUGGUCUCGGGGAUCGAACCCACUACCUUGGCGUUACAAGCGCCGUGCUCUACCAGCUGAGCUACAGAGGACCACCUUUAAAACUGAAGCUGGUUUUACUAUCAAAAAUAUUUGCCUAAGCAUGCCUGAUAGACAUGGCAUAUUUAUUUCUAUUAGGCUAGAUAUGGUUGUAAUCUCUGUGCCUGUGUACAUGUAUGCAUGUUCAACUAGUCUACCCUAAUGUUAUGUUAUGCUGACACAGUUCAUGUCACGACUUCCUCCGAAGCUGCCUUCUCUAUGUUCGGGCAGGCUUCGGCAUUCGUCGUCAACGGCCUUCUAGCCACUGCCGCUCCUCAUCUCAUCAUUCCAUUUGUUUUGUCUUGUUUAUUACACACACACACACACACACACACCUGGUUAAUAUCCCCUCAUCAGUACCUGUAUAAAUGUUCCUUCUAUCCCCUUGUCUUUGUGUGUGAUUGUUUAUUGUGGAGGUUAGAGAAGCUCGGUGGAGCUCCUUGUAUAUUUCUCGACCAUCAGCCCGGCUCCAUUGGAGCGGGAGAAGAUGUCCACCCUCGUCUCCUGCCUCUCGGGGAAAGCCCUGGAGUGGGCCAACGCGGUUUGGAGUGAUGGAGGACAACUACUGGGAGUUCGCUCGCCUUUUCUGGGCCGUCUUCGAUCACCUGCCCGAAGGUAGAGAGGCGGGUGAGCGGCUGGUCCACCUGAGGCAGGGGACAAGGACUGAGCAGGACUUUGCCCUGGAGUUUCAUACUCUACCGAGCGGGCCCUCAUCGACCACUUCCGGUGCCAUCUGCGAGAGAACAUCCGAAGGGAGCUAGCCAGCUGGGACACCACGUUGUCCUUCAAUCAACUUUUGGACAUGGCCAUCCGGUUGGACAACCUGCUGGCUUCUAGCGGACGUCCUGGAAGGGACCUGCCCAUUUCAUCCCCCCCCCAACCCGGAUCACAAGAUGAUUAAGCUGGGUGGUGCGGCGAUCCGGGAGAGCGGAGGAUGACAGCACCAGUGUCACUCUUGUGGCACAAGAGUACGUUCUACUGCACGCUGUCGUCAGCGUACUUUUGGGUCUGGAGGCGGCAGGCAGGGCACCCUCGCGUCACCCCAGGUAUCGAACACCCACACUUGUUCAGAGCCCUCUGCUGCACACUGUACCCUACACAUCCACUUCCCUCACGGGGUGGUCGUGAGAGUGUCAGGGUAGGUGUCUAGCUGUUUCCGUUGGUGCAACCACGGUGGAAAGUCCGAAUACCUCGGUGGCACCCCCGAAUACCUCGAUUUGGCGCACGCGUUUUCCAAAACGCAGGCGAUCAAAUUACCACCUCAUCAGGCGGGGGACUGCGCGAUAAACCUCCGGGUAGACGCUGUGCCUCCUGUCGCAGGCUGAAACGGAGGCUAUGGAGACAUGUCUCAGAGUCCCUCCACUUUGCCCGCCUCCUCGAGUUUCUUUUUUGUGAAGAAGAAAGACUGAGGUCUGUGCCCUUGCAUUGAUUACCGAGCAAUGAACAAGGGGACAAUACAUUAUAGUUAUCCUCUACGUCUCAUUCCAUCUGUAAUUGAGUCAAUGCAUGGGGCGCACUUCUUCACAAAAUUAGAUCUCCGGAGUGCGUACAACCUGGUGCAUGUCCGAGAGGGGGACGAGUGGAAGACAGCAUUAAGCACAACCACGGGGCAUUAGGAAUACCUGGUGAUGCCGUACGGUUUGAUGAAUGCUCCAACCGUCUUCCAGUCCUUUGUGAACAAGGUGUUUCGGGACAUGCUUGGUCGCAGUGUAGUGGUCUACAUCGAUGACAUUCUGGUGUAUUCCGCUACACGCACCGCGCAUGUGUCCCUGGUUCGCAAAGUGCUGGGCCGACUGUUGUAACAUGACCUUUAUGCCAAUGCAGCAACAGUCCAUCUCCUUCCUCGGAUACCGCAUUACCACCUCAGAUGUGGAGAUGAAGGAGAUCGCAUUUCAGCCGUGCGUAAUUGGCCGACUCCAACCACGGUAAAGGAGGUGCAGCGCUUCCUUGGCUUUGCCAACUACUAUCGGAGGUUUAUCCGGGGCUUUGUCAAUGUCGCAGCUCCCAUCACCUCUCUGUUGAAGAAGGGCCGUCCCGGCUCCGCUGGUCUGCUGAGGCUGACAGGGCCUUCAGUAACCUGAGGGUUCUGUUCACCUCAGCCCCGGUACUGGCCCAUCCCGAUCCAUCACUACCAUUCGUAGUGGAGGUGGAUGCGUCCGAGGUAGGGAUAGGCGCUGUCCUAUCUCAACGCUCGGGCACACCACCCAAGCUCCGCCCCUGUGCCUUCUUAUCCAAGAAGCUCAGCCCGGCGGAGCAGAACUACGACGUUGGGGAUCAGGAGCUGUUGGCUAUUGUCCGAGCCCUGACCGUGUGGCAAAACACCCUUUCCUCGUCUGGACGGACCCCCGUAACCUGGAGUACAUCCAGGCAGCGAGGAGGCUGAACCCUCGCCAGUUCAGGUGGGCCCUAUUCUUCACCCGGUUUUAUUUUACACUGUCUUACAUCCCGGGUACGAAGAACGUGAAGGCAGACGCACUGUCACGGCUGUACAACACAGAGGAGAGGCCCAUAGACAACACCCCCAUACUCCCGGCCUCCUACAUUGUGUGGUUGGGGGGGGGGGGGGUGUACUGACAAGACUUCCUCCGAAGCUGCCUUCUCUCCUUGUUCGGGCAGGCUUCAGCGUUCGUUUACACGGCCUUCUAGCCACUGCCGCUCUUCAUCUCAUCAUUCCAUUUGUUUUGUCAUUUAUUACACACACCUGGUUCAUAUCCCCUCAUCAGUACCUGUAUAAGUGUUCCCUCUACCCCCUUGUCUUUGUGUGUUAUUGUAUAUUGUGGAGGUUAGAGAAGCUCGUGGAGCUCCUUGUAUUUUGUAUCCCCUGUGUGCCUUGUUGUUUCCAGUGCGCCUGUUUUGCGCACUUGAGUGUUUUGACGCAUUACUGCGUAACUCUGUUUCGGAAUAAAUCCUGUUAUUCUGUGAUUUACCCUCCUGCGCCUGACUCCUUCGAAAUCACUCAUCACAGUUCAACUGUCGUUCAAACAGGUUUCUUCCUGGUGCAUUCUAUAUACUGAAACAGAAUUCCUUUGCCUGCGUGUGUCAUUGUAGCAGAACUGUAUCCCUUCAACUGUAUCCCUUCAACUGUAUCCCUCUCGAGGGAUUAGACAUUAUGCUGGAUUUCAAGCAGAUCUCAUGAGGAGCGGAAUGGCAGUUUGAUCAUGACAACACUCCUCCCAAAGCUUUACAAGUAUUCCCUGAACUUUAGUACACUGAUCAUUCUGUAUUUUCUUACUGUAUGUUUCCUUAUGAAUGGCAAUUUCAUUAUGACCACCAGUUCUUAGCUACAGAUUAUUACACCAGAUAAUGUGAUUUAACCAAAGAUGUUUGGUAUGCAUUACUGGGAGUUACAGGAUAGGUAUUGUUUGGUGUAGCACAGAGAAUUUUCUACCAACCUUAGCAAUGCCGUCUUCGUCCUUCAUUCGGGGAAACAGGAGUCUCAUAAAAUGUCUGUGUCCAGUUGUAGGGAGUAAUACUUGUUUUGCUCCAUUAAGUAAUCCAACAAUGUGUACGCCGCCAUCUUGUCUAUUUCAAGUCUUCUCUCAUUGAUUGAGACAGGUCUCUGUCAUCAUGACAUGCAGCACUUUGGGGUGGACACCUACCUGUCUAGAUCAUUGAAAGAAGACUUGAAAUAGACAAGAAGUCUGCAAAAAUCUUUGGGUAAAUCACAUUAUCUGGUGUAACAAUCUGUAGUUACAGUUCUCUGCACUUGUGUCUCUACACCUGAUACACGCUCGGACACACUGAACUGUACUACACUGUUCAUACAUUUUUGGGGGGUAUGUUACUUUUACCAUAUAACAUUCUUGUUGAAUACCCAGUUCUCUUGAGUUAACAUUAAAUAUUGUACACACCCCUGUAUUUUAGAUUUUUUUAUUUUGACAAAUAAACAUUCUUUGGAUAUCUGAAUGUCUAGCAUCUGUUUGAUGCUACAGAGCCCUGUACAGUUUAUACAAAUAUAUUCUGUGAAUCCAUACAUUUCUAAGAUUUAUAGAAAAUAUCCAUAUUUAUUUUAUGGUGGUUCAACAUCAGGGCUCUCCAACCCUGUUCCUGGAGAGCUACCGUCCUGUAGGUUUUCACUCCAACCCUAAUCUAGCACACCUGACUCUAAUAAUUAGCUGGUUGAUAAGCUGAACCAGUUAAUUACAACUAGGGUUGGAGCGAAAACCUACAGGAGGGUAGCUCUCCAGGAACAAGGUUGGAGACCCCUGUUCUACAUGGUCUUGUGCUGAGCCACACUGCCUGCAUUUACAAAGGCAGCCCAAUUCUGAUAUUUUUUCCAUUAAUUGGUCUCAAUCACAUCAGCUCUUUUUCAGAACUGAUCUGAUUGGUCAAAAGACCAAUUAGUGAAAAAAAUAUCAGAAUUAGGUUGACUGUGUCGUCCUUUAUCCGGCUUCGGUACACUGGCAAUGGUGUUCGGCAUGGUGGGCUGGGGAAGCUGAGACUUUGUGCUUAUGGCAAAUGGUCUUGUCCUGUCUGCGGUGAAGUGCCAGCUGGAUAAGACUGCCGAAAGUGGUGUAGGGUUUAACCACCAACUGUUUGGUCCUCUUGCAGAAUAUUUUCUGGUACUGCAUGUCUCCUGGAAAGACAUUGUUGUGGUGUUAGCAUUUUACACAUUUUGUGGAAGGAACGUAGGGCAACACGACUUUGUUGGUAAAGGUGUCAACCAAAUGGGACCAGCUAGCGUAUUGUUUAGGCGACAUUGGGACCAGCUUUUGAGAGGAAAGAUCAGUCAAUAAAGUGAAUGGGCUGGGGGGCUAAAGAAAGUGUAACAGGGUUGGUUAUGUUUCCACUUGCCUCGAACUGUUACAUUAGGAGGGCAGUUCUUACACAGUAUGAAUUGUUGUGUAUGGGAGAUUGAGGAGAAAUGGCACCUCAAUUGGUCUUAUGCACAACCAAAACGUCCUUCCUCAUCUCAAAGUACUGUCUGUAAACCUCCCCAGCCCAUUGACUUUGACAGAUCAUUCUUGUCAAUAGUAGCCCUUUGCAGGGGAUUUUUGUAGACAUGUCUUUGUAUUGUGUUUUGAGAAUCUGCAGACAAACAUUUGGUGAUUGUGUCAUUACUGCUGUAGUCUUGAUUUUAUACCUUUCAGUGUCCCUUGCUGGUUUCUGUCACACAAUCUUGUUGUGCUCCCUCAUGUUUGUGUACCCAAAAUGCUGCAGCUUUGGGGUAUUUUUCAGCAGGGCACUGUGGAAUGACUCCAGAUAACCUGAGUUUCAAACAAAAAAAAAGUAUAAAGAGAAGAGGGGUAGACUAAAUUGAUGGUCUGGAAGGUUCUCUGUGGUCCUCAGGCUACCUCUAACCACCUGUAACCCCAUAACAACAAACCAUUCAAACACUACCCAAUUAAUGUUUAUACAAUGCUUACUGUAAAUUGAGCUAUUUUAGCCGUCAGUUUAAAAAUAUUUUUUGCCAAUUUACAUUCACCUUGUGCAAAGCUAGGGGUUGGAAGCGCGUAUUGGUGGAAUCAGAUUCUGUACCACCUAAAACAAAAUACAAUACACAAUUUAACCACCCAACUAAUUGUAUUGAUCUCUAUUAGACUGUCUAGCUUAGCAUACCUAACAUGGACAUUUCAAUAUUGUCAGCUUGCUGUUAGCUAACUAUCGUCACUAAAUUGGCAGCAAGAUUACUAGCCAGCUGAGAACCAACCAUAGAUGAUUAUUACACAUUCAUCAUUGCUACCAACACGCAAACAGAGAGUGAGUUAGCAAUAUCAACAAUUCUAUUUUUAGUAACGGAGUGUUUUCCAGACAAGGGUGGAAUAGAUGGCUACCAGACUGAGCUACUCUUAUUUGCUAACAUUAACUAGCUUACAUUAGCUAACGUCAGUCAAAGAUAGAACGAACAAACAUGUUACUCUGCUGUCGUCGAAAUGGAUUCCCCAUCAGUUCAACCUGAAAAUCUCUCUGAUAAUAUUUGGUCACCGAAUGGCGCAUCGUUCUUGAUAGCCGCAAGCCACUGGCAGUAUCGGUGUAAAUCUCUGGUAGGUAGGAAGGUGAAAGAUAAAUAAUUUUCGCGUUGGUUUGUAAUUAGCACAGCCAGGCACAGAACACCACAAAGGCAUGAUGACAAACGUCAGUGAAAAACAAACAUUGUCAAAAAUAUUUUGGUACUGUCCAUAUAUAGUUUUUGGUCACAGGUCCAGGAAUGGCUGAAGAAUUGCAACAUUUACCUGGAGCUAACGCUGCAGAUAGCAAUACUGGGUGAUUUGAAAAGUCAUAGUCAAUCGAUCAAUAAUUUUAAUAAUACUUUUAGCGAAACUAUUUAUCUUUAAAUUAUAAUCUGUAGAAACUAUGGGAAUAGAACGUUUUAAAACUUUUGUGAAGCAUCACAGCACAGUUGAAAAAUAUAUGGCAAAUAGAAAUCCAAUAUAAAUGGUGUAAAGAGAUAGAUGGGAGGAGUUGAAUGGACCUGAAGGGUGGGACUAAUAACAACAAGAUAACAAAUAUUCUGUAAAAUGUAUAUAGGUUCAGAACUUUUGUGAAACAGCAAAUUAAAAAAUAUGUGGCAAAUAGAAAUCAAACUGGAUGGACAUAAAAAAUGGAUGGGAGAGGUUGAGGGUAGAGGAAAGACAGGACUAAAAACAAACCAAAUAUUCACUGCCAGUCAAAAGUUUGGACACACCUACUCAUUCAAGGGUUUUUCUUAAUUUUUACUAUUUUCUACAUUGUAGAAUAAUAGUGAAGACAUCAAAACUAUGAAAUAACACAUAUGGAAUCAUAUAGUAACCAAAAAAGUGUUAAACAAAUCAAAAUAUAUUUGAGAUUUUUCAAAUAUCCACCCUUUGCCUUGAUGACAGCUUUGCACACUCUUGGCAUUCUCUCAACCAGCUUCUUGAGGUAGUCACCUGGAAUACAUUUCAAUUAACAGGUGUGCCUUCUUAAAAGUUAAUUUGUGGAAUUUCUUUCCAUCUUAAUGCGUUUGAGCAAAUCAGUUGUGUUGUGACAAGAUGGGGGGGGGUAUACAGAGGAUAACCCUAUUUGGUAAAAGACCAAGUCCAUAUUAUGGUAAGAACAGUUCAAAUAAGCAAAGAGAAAUGACAGUCCAUCAUUACUUUAAUACAUGAAGGUCAGUCAAUCCGGAACAUUUCAAGAACUUUGAAAGUUUCUUCAAGUGCAGUCGCAAAAACCAUAAAGCGCUAUGAUGAAACUGGCUCUUAUGAGGACCGCCACAGGAAUGGAAGACCCAGAGUUACCUCUGCUGCAGAGGAUAAGUUCAUUAGAGUUAUGGUGUGGGGGUGCUUUGCUGGUGACACUGUCUGUGAUUUAUUUAGAAUUCAUGUCACACUUAACCAGCAUGGCUACCAUAGCAUUCUGCAGCGAUACGCCAUCCCAUCUGGUUUGGGCUUAGUGGGACUAUCAUUUGUUUUUCAACAGGACAAUGACCCAACACACCUCCAGGCUGUGUAAGGGCUAUUUUACCAAGAAAGAGAGUGAUGGAGUGCUGCAUCAGAUGACCUGGCUUCCACAAUCCCCCGACCUCAACCCAAUUGAGAUGGUUUGGGAUGAGUCGGACCGCAGAGUGAAGGAAAAGCAGCCAACAAGUGCUCAGCAUAUGUGGGGACUCCUUCAAGACUGUUGGAAAAGCAUUCCAGGUGAAGCUGGUUGAGAGAAUGCCAAGAGUGUGCAAAGCUGUCAUCAAGGCAAAGGGUGGCUACCACACCAUAACACCUCCUCCUCCAUGCUUUACGGUGAGAAAUACACAUGCAGAGAUCAUCUGUUCACCCACACCGUGUCUCACAAAGACACAGUGGUUGGAACCAAAAAUCUCACAUUUGGACUCCAUACCAAAGGACAAAUGUCCACCGGUCUAAUGUCCAUUGCUCGUGUUUCUAGGCCCAAGCAGGUCUCUUCUUAUUAUUGGUGUCCUUUAGUAGUGGUUUCUUUGCAGCAAUUCGACCAUGAAGGCCUGAUUCACACAGUCCCCUCUGAACAGUUGAUGUUGAGAUGUGUCUGUGACUUCAACUCUGUGAAGCAUUUAUUUGGCCUGCAAUUUCUGAGGCAGGUAACUCUAAUGAACUUAUCCUCUGCAGCAGAGAUAACUCUGGGUCUUCCUUUCCUGUGGCAGUCCUCAUAAGAGCCAGUUUCAUCAUAUCUCUUGAUGGUUUUUGCAACUGCACAGAAGAAACUUUCAAAGUUCUUGAAAUGUUCCGUAUUGACUUACCUUCAUGUCUUAAAGUAAUGAUGGACUGUCAUUUCUCACCCCCCCCCCCCCCCUUAAUUAACAGGCACACCUGUUAAUUGAAAUGCAUUCCAGGUGACUACCUCAUGAAGCUGGUUGAGAGAAUGCCAAGAGUGUGCAAAGCUGUCAUCAAGGCAAAGGGUGGCGAUUUGAAGAAUCUCAAAUAUACAAUAUAUUUUGAUAUGUUUAACUCUUUUUUGGUUACUUCAUGAUUCCAUGUGUUAUUUCAUAGUUUUGAUGUCUUCACUAUUAUUCUACAAUGUAGGAAAUAGUAAAAAUAAAGAAAAACCCUUGAAUGAGUAGGUUUGUCCAAACGUUUGACUGGUCCUGUACAUAUUUUUUAAAUCCAGUCGGAUAAACACUCCAAACAGCCUAGCCGACCACUCGGAGGCGUCCGCAUGGUCCUAAAGCACACCAUCGCCUCGGUUUGUAUCAGAUUCCAAUGAUACAACUGGGGUGGGAGGACAAAAAUGCAAUUUCAGAAUGUGGGAGGGACAUGUCCCAGUGAAAGUUGUGCCCCUGGAGAUAUGUGAUCAGAGCAUGGCAAUGUUCUAUUUCACACCAAGGCUUGGUGGUUAUCGAGGGAGUGUUGGAAAGAUUUUUCACAUUGAGAGAGGAACUGUUGUCAUUCACAAUGGAUGUAAAACAAAAAACAGACUUGGUUGACUUUCUGUGUAAUGAAAAUAAAAUAACAGAAAACAGCAUCAGUAAGUGUCCCACACGAGUGAUGACUGCUCACCUCCAACGCUUGGAAGAGCACUUUGGGACGGACAUACUUUCCAAUCCGUUUGACUGUGAUCCUGGCUCAGUUGACAUGCUGGUAAGUGAAAUCGAACAGCUGAUCGAGCUGUCAUGUGACCGAAUGCUGCAGUUUUUGCAGUGGUGUAAAGUACUUAAGUAAAAAUACUUUAAAGUACUUCUUAAGUAGUCUUUUGGGGUAUCUGUACUUUACUAUUUAUAUUUUUUGACAACUUUUACCUUUACUUCACUACAUUCCUACUUCACUACAUUUUCCCUGACACCCAAAAGUACUCGUUACAUUUCGAAUGCUUAGCAGGACAGGAAAAGGGUCCAAUUCACACACUUCUCAAGAGAACAUCCCUGGUCAUCCCUACUGCCUCUGAUCUGACAGACUCACUAAACACAAAUGCUUUGUUUGUAAAUUAUGUCUGAGUGUUGGAGUGUGUCUCUGGCUAUCUUAUAAAAAUAAAAAUAAAAAAUAUGGUGCUGUCUGGUUUGCUUAAUAUAAGGAAUUUGAUACUUUUGGUACUUACGUAUAUUUUAGCAAUUACAUUUACUUUUGAUACUUAAGUAUAUUUAAAACCCAAUACUUUUAGACUUUUACUCAAGUAGUAUUUUACUGAGUGACUUUCACUUUUACUUGAGUCAUUUUCUAUUAAGGUAUCUUUACUUUUACUCAAGUAUGACAAUUGGGUACUUUUUCCACCACUGAGUUUUGGUUCCUGACUCAAAUGGAAUACCGUGUCGUCUCCCUCUGAGCAUUAAUGCCGUGUUCAAAACAACUGGGAACACAAAACUGGGAACUCGGAAAUCUCCGACUUCUGACUUCCGGCUUCAGUGCAUUCAAGACAACUGGGAACUCGGAAAGAAAUUAGCUCCAACUGGGAAAAAUAGUUUUGAACGGUCAUCCAACUCGGAAUUCCAACUCGGGAACUCUGGCCUCUUUCUAGAGCUCUGACUUUCUGACCUAAAGAUCACAUACGUCAUGAUUUGACCUCGUAUUUUUCCGAGUUCCGAGUUGUCUUGAUUGCACCAUAAAACUCAUGGUAGGCUAUAGUUGUGCGGGGGUCAGCUGUUUGUUCAACUGCACCCACCCGCAAUUGAUAACAACUCAUCCACAGACACCCGACUAUAUGUCAUAAAGUGAAAAUCUGAGGCCCGCACCCAACCCUAACCCGCAAAUAUAGAAAAUGUGCUAUAGGCUACAGUCAAAGACUGCAGAACGAUUUUUUGACAGGGGGUGCAGGAUUUUGUUUUGCCUGAUUUAGAUAUGUUUCUGCUUAUAAUUUCCGACAUUUUAGUAGGCUAUUUGUUAGUCAACCUGUCUAUAAUUAGAUACAUGUAGCUUCUCUUUUGUCAUUAUAUGUUGUCCUAGAAGACUAAAUAAACCCUUGCUCAACAGAAUAAUGUAAUAGAUAGAUAGAAUGAAUACUUCAAUCUAGUUGACAUCGGUAAAGUUCUCUCUGUCAUCUUUCGCGGAGCAAAGACGUUUAGGGGCUGGGAGAAAAUACAAUAAAGCAAAAACAAACGGGAAAGAUUUUCUGUGUAAAAUGUCCAAAUGACAUCAGUUUGACUGGUUGUAAGGAAAAAGAAAGCUUUGAAAACGACCCAACGUGUUUCUGAUAAGAUUUCAGUUCGGCUUUGGUGCAUAUUGUAUGUGGUUGAAAUACUCAGCUUUUAUGAUGCUUUUAUGAUGAAGACAGCACCUCUACAGAUCGUAUCUAACUGAGCAUUGCAUUCUCUCAAGAUGCAGAAAUAAAUAAAUCAUAUUUCUCCACUCCUUUUCCCAAGUACAAAUUUUGCCUACAUUAAGGCUAUAGCCCUAUUCGCACGGGACUAGUAUUACUAGAGAAUGUUGGUUAUGUAUUUAUUACCCCAGAAUGUCCGUUAUCCCAAGUUUCUAAACCAUACCCGUGUCGCCAUAAUAUUUGAAUUGAGGAAGUAUGAUCAUAAUCAUUAGGAUAUUUUAGUGAUCCGCAGUAGAAGAUGUCAGUCCUAAACGGUUGGCAUGCAAUAUUUUAAUCCACACAAAAAAAAAGAAACGUCCUCUCACUGUCAACUGCGUUUAUUUUCAGCAAACUUAACAUGUGUAAAUAUUUGUAUGAACAUAACAAGAUUCAACAACUGAGACAUAAACUGAACAAGUUCCACAGACAUGUGACUAACAGAAAUUGAAUAAUAUGUGUCCCUGAACAAAGGGGGGGGGGUCAAAAUCAAAAGUAACAGUCAGUAUCUGGUGUGGCCACCAGCUGCAUUAAAGUACUGCAGUGCAUUUCCUCCUCAUGGACUGCACCAGAUUUUCCAGUUCUUGCUGUGAGAUGUUACCCCACUCUUCCCCCAAGGCACCUGCAAGUUCCAGGACAUUUCUGGGGGGAAUGGCCCUAGCCCUCACCCUCCGAUCCAACAGGUCCCAGAUGUGCUCAAUGGGAUUGAGAUCCGGGCUCUUCGCUGGCUAUGGCAGAAAACUGACAUUCCUCUCUUGCAGGAAAUCACACACAGAACGAGCAGUAUUGCUGGUGGCAUUGUCAUGCUGGAGGGUCAUGUCAGGAUGAGCCUGCAGGAAGGGUACCAUAUGAGGGAGAAGGAUGUCUUCCCUGUAACGCACAGCGUUGAGAUUGCCUGCAAUGACAACAAGCUCAGUCCGAUGAUGCAGUGACACACCGUCCCAGACCAUGACAGACCCUCCACCUCCAAAUCGAUCCCGUUCCAGAGUACAGGCCUCAGUGUAAUGCUCAUUCCUUCGACAAUAAACGUGAAUCCGACCAUCACCCCUGGUGAGACAAAACCACGACUCGUCAGUGAAGAGCACUUUUUGCCAGUCCUGUCUGGUCCAGCGACGGCGGGUUUGUGCCCAUAGGCAAAGUUGUUGCCGGUGAUGUCUGGUGAGGACCUGCCUUACAACAGGCCUACAAGCCCUCAGUCCAGCCUCUCUCAGCCUAUUGCGGACAGUCUGAGCACUGAUGGAGGGAUUGUGCGUUCCUGGUGUAACUCGGGCAGUUGUUGUUGCCAUCCUGUACCUGUCCCACAGGUGUGAUGUUCGGAUGUACCGAUCCUGUGCAGGUGUUGUUACACGUGGUCUGCCACUGCGAGGACGAUCAGCUGUCCAUCCUGUCUCCCUGUAGCGCUGUCUUAGGCGUCUCACAGUACGGACAUUGCAAUUCAUUGCCCUGGCCACAUCUGCAGUCCUUAUGCCUCCUUACACUGGGGAGCCAGACUCAGCCAAUCAGAAUGAGUUUUUCCCCACAAAAGGGCAUUAUUACAGACAGAAAUACUCAGUUUCAUCAGCUGUCGGGGUGGCUGGUCUCAGAUGAUCCCGCAGGUGAAGAAGCUGGAUGUGGAAGUCCUGGGCUGGCACAGUUACACGUGGCCUUUGGUUCUGAGGCUGGUUGGCUGUACUGCCAAAUUCUCCAAAACGAGUUAGGAGGCAACUUAUGGUAGAGAAAUUAACAUUACAUUCUCUGACAACAGCUCUGGUGGACAUUCCUGUAGUCAGCAUGCCAAUUGCACACUCCCUCAACUUGAGACAUCUGUGGCAUUGUGUUGUGUGACAAAACUGCACAUUUUAGAGUGGCCUUUUAUUGUCCCCUGCACAAGGUGCACCUGUGUAAUGAUCAUGCAGUUUAAUCAGCUUCUUGAUAUGCCACCCUGUUACAGGAGGGGGUCGCAGUUCCGGAGCGACCCACUAGGUGUCAUCCUCCGACAACCUUAGGCACCUCCUCACUCACAGUCGGGACUAAUCAUCAUCCUAUUGGUGUCACCUGUGUCUAUCUGUUCACCUGUGUAUUUAUGCCCUCACUUCCCUGUGUUCCCUUGCUCAGUUUACUCUGCUAGUUUAUUGAUGUCAAGCAGUACAAAUCAGUGUAUGAUCACGAGACGUAAGUACAGGUACUUGAGAAGUGUUCUCCCUGUUUCAUUGUUGUUUUCAGUCAUAGUUAGUAUUUUUUGGAGACCAAUUUGCGCCUCCUUUAUUUUUCGUGAUAAGUCCGUUAUUUUGUAUCCUGGCUUUUGGAGCACCAGUAAAGAUCCUUGUUUCACCAUCUUUGCCUAAUGCCUACUGUCUAUCCUACACCGCACCUCGGUCACACCUCACACCAACCCUUACACCACCCCUGUCAGGUGGAUGGAUUAUCUUGGCAAAGGAGAAAUGCUCACUAACAGGGAUGUAAACAAAUUUGGGCACCAAAUUUGAGAGAAAUAAGCUUUUUGUGCGUAUGGAACAUUUCUGGGAUCUUUUAUUUCAGCUCAUGAAACAUGGGACCAGCACUUUACACUUUCUUGGUGUGUUUGGACCAUGAUAGUUUGUUGGUGAUGUGGACACCAAGGAACUUGAAACUCUCGACCCGCUCCACUACAGCCCUGUCGAUGUGAAUGGGGGCGUGUUCGGCCCUCCUUUUCCUGUAGUCCAUGAUCCAUGGUUGUUGUCCUGGCACCACACUGCCAGGUCUCUGACCUCCUUCCUAUAGGCUGUCUCAUCGUUGUCGGUGAUCAAGCCUACGACCGUUGUGUCGUCAGCAAACUUAAUGAUGGUGUUGGAGUCGUGCUUGGCCACUCAGUCGUGGGUGAACAGGGAGUACAGGAGGGGCCCCCGUGUUGAGGAUCAGCGUGGUAGAUGUGUUGUUGCCUACCCUUACCACCUGGGGGUGGCCCUUAAGGAAGUCCAGGAUCCAGUUGCAGAGGGAGCUGUUUAGUCCCAGGGUCAGCUUAGUGAUGAGCUUUGUGGGCACUAUGGUGUUGAACGCUGAGCUGUAGUCAAUGAACAGCAUUCUCACAUAGGUGUUCCUUUUGUCCAGGUGAGAAAGGGCAGUGUGGAGUGCGAUUGACAUUGCGUCAUCUGUGGAUCUGUUGGGGCGGUAUGCGAAUUGGAGUGGGUCUAGGGUUUCCGGGAUGAUGGUCUUGAUGUGAGCCAUGACCAGCCUUUCAAAGCACUUCAUGGCUACCGACGUGAGUGCUACGGGGCGGUAGUCAUUUAGGCAGGUUACCUUCGCUUUCUUGGGCACAGGGAUUAUGGUGGUCUGCUUGAAACAUGUAGGUGUUACAGACUCGGUCAGGGAGAGGUUGAAAAUGUCAGUGAAGACACUUUCCAGUUGGUCAGCGCAUGCUCUGAGUACACGUCCUGGUAAUCCGUCUGGCCCCACGGCCUUGUGAAUGUUGACCUGUUUAAAGGUCUUGCUCACAUCGGCUACGGAGAGCGUGAUCACACAGUCGUCUGGAAAAGUUGGUGCUCUCAUGCAUGCUUCAGUGUUGCUUGCCUCGAAGCGAGCAUAAAAGGCAGUGGGAGUUGGUGUGUGAUAAUGCAUGGAAGGUCCCCCUCUCCACCUCCAUCUUCUUCCUAGGAGUUCUUCUGAUCAGAUCUUUCAUUAGUGGCCAGCUCUCUGACAGGUAAGUUAAUUCACGUUUGGCCUUUGGCACAGAUCUAGGAUCAGCGUAGGCCUUCCCUUAUCUCCAUACCAUAAUUUAUAGCAUGGGGAUAGUCUUGCUACACAGACUGGUUGCCUCCCACAAUGUAACCAAUGUUCCAUUCCGAGACUAGCAUGGGGAUGCAAAUUGACCUAAGACUAACACAAACAUCAACAUGCAACAGUAUGCAUACACAUCCAAAAGGAGCCUAACCCUACCCAACCACUCUGAAUGAGAAGCCAAUCUACCAGUGAUGUCCAUCAGCAGGCAUGCUAAGUAUGCAAAGCUGACAGCCUGUGAGAAGAUCUGAGUCUAUGAUAGUUUUUUUAAAAUGCAGGAACAGUGAAGUAUGCUUUUUUAUGUGUAGGUCAACAGGAAGGAUAAACCGAUAUCACAAUAUGCCUUGCUCAUAAUGAUAUCAAAUUAUCAAUAUUGGUGCUGCCUACCACUAAAAGAUACAGUAGGCUCCCAAAGCUUAAACACACACAAGGUUUUGAGUUCAGAAAUUGAAUUACUAAAAUGGGAAUCCCUAUUCAAGUCAAUGAACAUCUUAUGAUUAUAUUUCUAUGCAUGUGUUGAUAUUAUGUCUGUGUCCUGCAGGUUUGGGAGGAGGCCGAUGUUUUUCCGUACAAUGGCUGUUCAGACAAUCAUCACACUAAUCCAGUCUACCUCGGUCAGCUGGCCAAUGUACUGUGUGCUCAACUGUUUGAGGGGCGUGGGCCAGAUAUCCAGUUACCUUUCAUCACUAGUAUUAGGUGACAUAAGGGUUUAGUGUGGCAGAAGGCUAGGGCAGUGGCAGACAGCCAAUUGACAUGCAUCUUCCUGCCCAACCCCUUUGAAUGUUCCAGUUAUAAACCAGGCUACAAACAGUACAGGAUUGCCAAUUGUGUUCUCAAAUAGGCUACACAGCAGAGGGAUAUAUAAGUCAGAAUACCAAACACAGGAAGUUAUUAUACUGCAUACCACACAGUAUUUACUUAUGAUGCAUACCCCAACCAUCCUGAAUGGUUUGAGGAGGUGGUGGUGGAGGUGAUCAAUUUCUUUGUGGCAAGUAGUUGUAGUACAGUAGUAAUAAUGGCUAUAACCAGGCCACAGAGUUUUUGCUUGUCAGGAGAAACUAACUCCUGGCCCUAGUAAUGUGUUGUCUGGCGGUCCUGGUUCAGGGUCGGAUAUCCUGGGGAAGUCGACCCGCGAGAGCGACACCCUCCUGGGCCACAGUGUGGCCUUCAGCUUGGGCUACGCCUGCCUCGCUCUCUUCGCCUACUUUAUACACGGCUGGAGGAUGCUGCUGGUCGCCUCCGCCAUACCUGGCUUUUUCUACAUCCCUCUGUGGUGGUGA